AGCGGGAGGGGCUAAAUGGGCCCAGGAUUCCUUUGCCAGUCUGCGCUCCGGCAGAGCGAGUUCUACUGCGAAGCCAGACACUGCACCGAACAGGUCUCUGAACGUCUCUGAAAAAAAAAAAAUAUAUCCUCCGCGUGCUGAAAGAAAAACUGUUAUCCUCUCCCCAGCCUUCUCUCACCAGGUGUGAAUAGGUUGUCCCUUGGUAUUGUCUUUCCUUGGUCAUCUCUGUCCUGUCCCGUACCGUACUUCUGAAGAUAAGAGGCCUCUGUCUGCACCGACCUCAAAUCACCACCUCAAGUCUCACACUGCCUUACCAGCCAUAAGGAGAGACUCCCCUGGUCGCCACUGACCCCCAGCAUGGCAGACGGUCGUCAACGUGAAGACACCCCCCCCCAGUGGGAUCCGUCGGGGGCACAGGACCCCUCUCCUCCCCCGGCCCAUGGGGCUAAUGGCUACCCCCCCUCCUACAGGGCGUGCCAGCCAGGGACGGCCCAUGGAGCAGCACCACCCUCCUACACCGCCAGAGAGAAUGGCUUCAACGGCGACCAUGCAGUUACGGCUGAGCAAGUAUCUGCGCGGAUCGUGCAGGAGGUGACAGCCGAGGCAGUGGCAGUACUGAAGGGAGAACAGGAGACAAGACUGCCCUCAGUUGAAGACGCGGCAAACCUGCCUCCAUCCCCUCCUCCCUCACCUGCUGCUGAACACUGCUUUGGACCCCUGGAUCAAGAUGUAGGGGAUGAGGAGGAGGAGGCCUGCCCUCUCCACCACUUCCAAAAUUCUCGGGAGAGGUGCAAGUUCCUCGCCCCCUCCAUCUCUGUGUCUAUGCCCGAGGAUGACCCCUACCACUCUGACGAGGAAUACUAUGAUCACCCCUUGUUCAGCCCUGAGUGGGAUCGCUCGGUCUCCUCUCGGCCCUCAGUGCCGGCCGCUGCCUUUAGACAGAUCCAAGAGACCGUCGAGGCUCUUACAGACACAUUCGAGGAGGAGGAGGAGGAGGAGGAGGAGGAGGAGGAAGAGGUGUUGAUGUUGGAGGAGGAGAUGGAAGGGGCAGCAGCAGAAAUCGCAGCAGCUCUUGAGGAGCUGUGGAGUGGGGAUGAGCCUGAGCUGGACAGCCCCCCAGCCGAGCCCUUAGAGCAGGCAGAGGCCAUAGGCGAGGCCCAUACUGUGCCACCCAUACAGGCCGAGGCAGCUAGUGCCGCCCCAGAAGGCCCUAACGGGAGGGUGGAGGAGGAGGAGGUGGCAGAGGCUGAGGGGGAGGAGGAGAGUCCUGAGGAAGCCUUGAAGAUGGACACGGACAAACCAGACAGCGAGAGGAGUGGAUCCCUCAGCCCAGACUUCACUGAACAAGAGAGUCCAGCUUUCCUCAGCAGGGACCACACAGCAGCACCCCUGAUCCCCAAAACGGACAUGGCUUCCCCUUCCCCUUCUCUGUCCCCUUUACCUUCAAACAGCCAGAGCCAAGCCAAAGAGCUUAGCAAAAUGUCUAUACUGGAUGAACCUAAAACAGUCUCAGAGAAGCAGCUUGAGUCCAGUAACCUCACGACGGAGGUUGAGUCCAGUAACCUCACGACGGAUUCAGGGUCUGGGUUCACUACAGCUGGAGACCAAGGUCAAGGACAAGGGGUCCCAUCUGACUCUAACAAAGACAAAUCGGGCAUGUCAGCUUAUUUCGAGACUUCGGCCCUGAAGCCAGACGAGGGAUCCAAGGGGGUUCAAGCAGAAGGUUAUUAUGAACUGAGCACCGCAGGAAAAGAGAAGGUCUUAGGGAGCAGUUCCCCAACAGUUCCGUCACCCCUUGAGAUCAACUACAGCAUGCUGGCACAAACACAGUCAGUGGAGGAGAAAUCAGACACGAUGGGAGAUCAAAAGGAGACCUUACCGGCCCUGGACAGGAGUAACGAAUGUAGGCUGUCUCCUGGGAAGCUGGCCCUGGAUCAAAGAAGCUACUCUCUCAACAUUACGAUUGGAUCGAUGGAUCCCAGUGGUCAUGGACGACCUAGAAACUUCUCCCCACUGGCCACGGAUAUCAUGUCUUUUACCAGCGGCAGUCUGGAGGAGUCUGCCAAUCUCCCAGUCACCACCCCAUCUGUGGAGAAGGAGCCACCACCCUUCCGUCCCCUGAUCCUGGAGACGGCAGCCUCAGUCACGUCCGACUCUUCAUCUCCUCCCCACAACACAGCAACAGAGACCCCUGGUGAAAAGACCAGCCCCCAGGGGUCAGAGUCCCCAGAAUCACCCUUCCCACCCAAAUACUACUACAAAAACGGGACAGUCAUGGCUCCUGACCUACCUGAAAUGCUGGACCUUGCGGGAAGCAGGUCUAGACUGGCUUCUGAGAACACUGACCCUGAGAUCAUGAGGAGGAAGUCUGUCCCUGUGGACGCCCAAGUCCUUGGCAGCGACUCCCUGGCUAACCUGGUUCUGGGGGACCAGAGUCAGAACCAGAGUCUUGCCAAGAGUGAGAGCCAGCUGGAGGAGUUGGGUUACUGUGUGUUCAGUGAGUACUCAGGGCCCAUGCCUUCCCCUGCUGACCUCCAUAGUCCCAUUGACUCCCCGCCCCAGCGCUUUACCCCUAUGGCUCUGGAGGAAAAGAUGGUGGAGGAGAAACUGAAAAUCGAUGCCAGAGACAAACUAGCCGAAGACGAGAAGACCAGUCAGUUAGCUGAGAGCGCCGGUUCCAAAGAAAAAGAAGAAACCAAACAAAUGGGACAGAAGGAUUCAGCUUCAGAGGAAAAAGACAACAAAAAGAUCAGCCAUGAAAAUGCUUCCAUGGAAAACCAAAAAGAUAAACCAGCUUCAGCUGUGAAGUCAGCCGAGUCCUUUGUAACUCCUACAGUGACGGUUACCCUGGAAGAGGAGGAGAAGCUAGGAGACAACGGACCCGAGACAGAUGCUGAGAUGGCUGCCUAUGAGAGGCAGAUCCGCCGGCUGGAGAUGGAGGACAGGCCCCUGAGCAUGGAGGAGGAGCGGGAGCUGCAGGAGCUCAGGGAGAAAGUGAAGGACAAGUUCCUGGUGCACCAGGAGGCAUACGAGGAGGUGGAUGCUGAAGACGUCUACCAACUGACUGGAGUUGCCAAGGACAGGAUCGGCAGGCCCGUUAGGCCCUCCCCAGCCUCCUCUGUGGAGAGUACCACAGAAGAAGACAAUGUUUCAGUUACGGAGACAGAGAAACUUAAACAGACGGGAGGUCAGACAACGCCAAAGAAGGUUGACAUCAUGGUGAUGUCUCCAUCUGUGUCAGUUGGUGGUUCGAGCAUCACAGAAGAAGACAAGGUUUUAGUUACGGAGACAGAGAAACCUAAGCAGACAGGAGGUCAGACAACACCAACAAAGCUUGACGUCAUGGCAACGUCUCCAUCUGUGUCAGGUGAUGGUGUAAGCGCCACAGAAGAAGACACGGUUCCUGUUAUGGAGACAGAGAAACCUAAACAGAAUGGAGGUCAGACAACGCCAACGAAGGUUGACAUCAUGGUGACUUCUCCAUCUGUGUCAGGUGAUGGUGUGAGCACCACAGAAGAAGACAAGGUUCCAGUUAUGGAAAUAGAGAAACCUAAACAGACGGGAGGUCAGACAACACCAACCAAGGUUGACAUCAUGGUAACUUCUCCAUCUGUGUCAGGUGAUGGUGUGAGCACCACAGAAGAAGACAAGGUUCCAGUUAUGGAAAUAGAGAAACCUAAACAGACGGGAGGUCAGACAACACCAACCAAGGUUGACAUCAUGGUGACUUCUCCGUCUGUGUCAGUUGAUGGUGUGAGCACCACAGAAGAAGACAAGAUUUCAAUUACGGAGACAGAGAAACCUAAACAGACGGGAGGUCAGACAACACCAACAAAGCUUAACGUCAUGGUGACGUCUCCCUCUGUGUCAGGUGAUGGUGUGAGCACCACAGAAGAAGACAAGGUUCCAGUUACGGAAAUAGAGAAACCUAAACAGAAUGGAGGUCAGACAACACCAACCAAGGUUGACAUCAUGGUGACUUCUCCAUCUGUGUCAGGUGGUGUUGUGAGCACCCCAGAAGAAGAAAAUGUUCCAGUUAUGGAAAUAGAGAAACCUAAACAGACGGGAGGUCAGACAACGCCAACAAAGAUUGACGUCAUGGUGACGUCUCCCUCUGUGUCAGGUGAUGGUGUGAGCACCACAGAAGAAGAAAAUGUUUCAGUUAUGGAAAUAGAGAAACCUAAACAGACGGGAGGUCAGACAACGCCAACAAAGAUUGACGUUAUGACGACGUCUCCAUCUGUGUCAGGUUGUGGUGUGAGCACCACAGAAGAAGAUGACGAGAAAGUUAGCAAAGAGGAGCUGAAGGAGCAGGUUGUAGAGGUCAAAGAGAGGACCAUGGAAGAAAAUAAAAAGGUAGAGGGGGAGGAGGAGGAUACAGAGCAGGCAGUGGAACCAGAUGAAAUCAUGAUAAAGAUAAAACCAUCAAUGCCUGUAGAGAAAGAAGAGGAGGUUGAGAAGGAUAGAAUGACAAACAAGGAGGAAGAGGAGGAGGAAGAUAGCAAAGUUCUGGCAGGGGCAGGAGCAGCGGUGAUUGAUGUUCCAGAACCCAGAGCUGCCAUAGAGUCAGUGGUGACUGUAGAAGAUGACUUCAUCACUGUAGUCCAGACCAUCGAAGAGGGUGAGGAGCCAGGACACAGCGUGCGGUUUUCCGCUCCGCCCGAGCCUGAGACACCAGAGGAGGAGGAGGAGGAGUCCCAGGAGGUGGAGAUCAUGGAGGCAGCUAGUCUAGAGGAGGUGGGGGAUGUCUCAGAGGAGGUCCUUGAGAAGGAGUUGCAGGCCUCCCCAGAGAAGGAGGUGCAGUUGGAGACCGAGGGACAGACAGAGAGCUACGACAGAGACGAGACCACCAUGGACGACUCCAUCCUAGACAGCUCUUGGGUCGAUACUCAAGAUCUCUCCACUGUCGAUGUGGAUGAUGACAUGAGCAUGGCUGCCGAGCAGAUCGAGCCCCUGACAGCCGACCGGGUCCCAGCCCCACCAGUCAAGAAGUACAAGACUCUCCAGCAGCAGAAGCAGGAAAAGCAGCCAGUGAAGCCCAAGGCUAAAAGCGGGCGUGUGAGGGGGCGCGAGGGGUGCGUCUCCACCCCUGAACGUAAACCCGUCCGCAAGGAGACUGUCUGUAUCCCCAGGGAAGACAUCAAGAAGAAAAAAGCCGUGAACAAGAAGACUGAGCUGACUAAGAAAGCAGAGACGCGCUCCUCUCCAUCCCGGAAGAGUGUGUUAAAGCCUACUGCGGUCCGACACCCAAGUCCCGCCCAGCCCCAACCCCACCCCUGUGCUAGGAGGAAACCUACAGUGGGUGUACCAGAAGGUCGUCGGCCCCUCAGUGUAGCUAGACAGUCUCGGGACAGAGCCUCAUCACCACCAUUAACAAAGAUCCCAACCUGUAAAACGCGAGUGGUCACCCUCCUGCCCCCCCGCCCUAACUCGUCCUGCUCCUCCCACACUAAAAAGAACUUGCUGGGGGAGGUGGAGCUUGAUAGGCCCCGCCCCUCCUCAGGUGGGCCUCGUGACUCUACCACACUACCCAGACUGAUAUACACGGAUGGCGGUUCGCAGAGCCCAAAAAGGUCGUCCCUGCCCCGGCCUGCUUCUGUCCCGCGGCCUGCCUCUAUCCUCAGCCGGCGUAUCCACCACCAACCACAUGACCAGGAGGAGAGCUCCACCUCUAUCACCAGCUCCGGCUCUACCGCACCCCGUAGACCCACGUCAUUCAGUACAGAGGUCAGGGCGGAGCAUAGGACAGGACGCGCCCCUAGUUGGACAGGCACACAGUCGAUGCGUUCCCGUUCGCUGUGCACCACAACCCGCACCCCAGGGUCCACAGCCAUCUCCCCGGGGACUCCUCCCAGCUAUAGCUACUCCUGCCGCACACCUGGGACCCCUCUCACCCCUGGCACACCCCGUUCUCGAAGCCUGCUGCAGGAGAAGAAGGUGGCUCUGCUCCGCACCCCUCCCAAGUCACCUGCUACCACUCCCAAACAGCUCCGCAUCCUUAACCAGCCCCUUCCCGACCUCAAGAACAUCAAGUCCAAGAUCGGCUCCACAGACAACAUCAAGUACCAGCCCAAGGGGGGACAGAUUCAGAUUUUAAACAAGAAGCUGGACUUCAGUCACGUACAGUCAAAAUGCGGAUCCAAGGAUAACAUGAAGCAUUCUCCUCGUGGAGGCCAUGUGCUUAUUCCCAGUGUUAAACUGGACUUUAGCCAUGUUCAGUCUAGGUGUGGCUCCCUGGACAAAAGACAGUAUGCUGCGGGAGGGGGAAAUGUGCAGAUUCAGACCAAGAAGAUUGACCUGAGUCACGUGACCUCCAAGUGUGGAUCGCUGGACAACAUCCGCCACCGGCCAGGGGGAGGUAACGUGCGCAUAGAGAGUGUGAAGCUGGACUUUAAAGACAAGGCCCAGCCCAAGGUGGGUUCCCUGGAUAAUGCACACCACACCCCUGGUGGAGGCCACAUUAUGGCCCUGAACACCCUGAACCCACCCUGCCUUCCGUCCAUUCCAGGCCCUGAACACCCUGAACCCAUCCUGCCUUCCGUCCAUUCCAGGCCCUGGACACCCUGAACCCACCCUGCCGCCCGUCCAUUCCAGGCCCUGGACACCCUGAACCAACCCUGCCUCCAGUCCAUUACAGGCCCUGAACACCCUGAACCCACCCUGCCUUCCGUCCAUUCCAGGCCCUGAACACCCUGAACCCACCCUGCCUUCCGUCCAUUCCAGGCCCUGAACACCCUGAACCCACCCUGCCGUCCGUCCAUUCCAGGCCCUGGACACCCUGAACCCACCCUGCCGUCCGUCCAUUCCAGGCCCUGGACACCCUGAACCAACCCUGCCUCCAGUCCAUUACAGGCCCUGAACACCCUGAACCCACCCUGCCUUCCAUCCAUUACAGGCCCUGAACAUCGUGAACCCAACCUGUCUCCUGUCCAUCCCAGGCCCUGGACACCCUCUUCCCAUCUUGCCUUCAGUUCAACCACCCAGGCUCCCUCAGCCUGUCCCAGGCCUCCUGUCAACCCCAGCCCAGAUGCCCAGACACCCCCCCAUCCUGCAGCAGCUUCAUACUCACCGCCUGAUGGAGCUGCCUACCCCACCCUAUGUCAACAAGACAAAUUAAGAAAAAACAACAACCCUUAUGGAACUAGAGACUAUUUAGAAAGUACUUUUGGUCAAUUGUUUGUUGAUAUUUCCAUUCCAAGUACUUGUACUUUUUUUCUCCAUCUUUUAUCUGGUGUAUUUUUUUUUAUGCUGCGUAUAGAUAGACAGAUAGUGUCCAAGCACUGACUCAAGAUCAGCUGUAGCUCUUUGCACAACAUAAUCUGGGUAUGGGCCAGGUAUAGGGUGGGCUGGUCUCUGUUCAGUUCUUAGGAGCAGCCUUUUCUUACACUAAGUAGGAAGUCACGUGGCCAUGCCCAUACAGUACUCUACCCAUGCCAAUGCCGCCAGCACGUCUUGUUUUGAUCAGUAAAGUGCAUGGACGCCAGACUCAACAUUCACCAUACAUCAAGCAUCUUUGCAGCUAGUCCCAGAUACAAUAUAUAAUAAAUAUAUAAACAGUAUAUUGAAAAUAUGUAUAAAUAUACCAGCUCUUUGUCUUCAACAACAUCUCUUCGAAAAACCAUUUUAAAAAGUGAUUAGUCCUAUAAGUAUCUUAUACCUGAAAAAUUGCAUUAUUUCAAUAACUAGAUAAUGGUAUGAUGAGCAUGUAUUGAUUCUAGUUACAAAAAGAGGCUAUUUUCUAGUUCAAAUAAAAGGAUUUUAGUAAGUUAUUUCCUUAAUCGUUGGAUAGAAAAAUUAACACUUCAUUUUUUUGUAGAUAUUAGUCGACUAGUAUGUUAUGCUUGUUGAAGUUGACUUCAGACAACUGUGCUGGUAUUGCUAAGGAGUACAUCUUCCAGGCCUGCAACAGAGUACUAACGGCCCUGCAAAUGACUAGAGCCCUGUCCUGGUGGCGUACAGUAGUUGUACAUCAAGCUGCCUCCCAUUACAGAAACAGGAGAUAAGCUCCUGCCCCUAUGGGCUGUUCUGGCUCGGACCAGGCUUACUUUAAUUACAGAGAACUAACCAAUGCUACUCUCUUUGGGAGCUGUUCUACUAAAAGGCUGCUUAAACAGUCCUAGUUUAGUUUAAGAGGAUGCUGCUUUGAUUCUCAUCUCAAAUAUCUCAGUUCAAAAGAAACGAUGAUAUAGCUAGGAGCUCACAGAAGCUGUGAUCACAAUCCAUUCACCAUGCUAGCAAUAGGCAUUGGAUGGCUGUAAGAUAUUUUAGUCCAUAGUGUUCGAUGAACUCCCCAAGGCUCUCAGAGCAGGCUGAGAUUGAACUCACGAGGGCUUGCAGUUGUCUGAACCAUAUUGUAGAUGAAGCUAUUAUUUAAAGAUGACAUUUACAAAGCAGCUGUGGAACUCUGGACCCUGUGUCCCUACAGUUCACUUCUGGAUGCUAGGUUUGUUUUGUGUAAAACAUUUAGGGGGGGAAAAGAAAGGGGGAAAAUAAAUAAAAACUACAUUUCAUAAAAACAAUCUUUAAAAAAAGGAAACUCAACAAGUCAUGUUGCAUCUGUUUGAUGAAGUGUUCCUCUAUAUUUUUUCUGUCGCUAUUUUGUGGUAUUUAUUCCUCCUUCUUUUAGUAUUAAUGUUUGCUUCUGUGUUGUUUCUGCACCCCCCUUAUCCCCUACCCCCUAAUCCCUGAUCCCCUAACCUCGACCCCAACCUACAGCAACUGUAAAUGUAAUUAAAAGUAGAUGUACGCAGUUUUUCUCCUGUUGAUAUGAUACUGAUAACAAAAUGCUCUUAACAAUUAAAGACAAUAAAAACACUGAAAAACA